CGCUUCCACACUCCAGUCACCGUGAGGCAGCAGCAGCAGCGCUAAGUGGAUGUGACUGCUCUGAUUGCACUCCGCGGGAGAAGCGAGAAGGAAUCGCCUGCCUCUGAUCAUCAACGCGUCAUAUAAUGUUUCAGCGGACGCCCCUCCCCCUGUCUCGUUUUUUCCCCUCACUCAACCUCUCCUUUGACUCACACAGAGGAGGCUGUGGCUCACCGCUGGCGCACGCACCCGUGGAGGAUACGGCCAGAAGAUGGCUGACUUAACCGGGCACCGCGAGCCCUCGGCGGCAUCCCCACAUUCAGCGUCAGCCGCGCCGCUGGAAGGCUGCGAGACACCCGCCGUCUGGCGACUGUAAACAGCUGCCUCUCCUCUCUCCUCCCCACCUUCCUCCUCGUGCCCCUCCACCCCCCGUCCUCAUCCUCACCGCAAAUAUUGACACAAGUGUCACGGGGAGAAAAACAUGGCAGAGAUGGAAAAGGAGGGCAGACCUCCGGAAAAUAAAAGAAACCAGAAAAGAAAACCAGCACACCCGGUGAAAAGGGAAAUAAAUGAGGAGAUGAAGAGUUUUGCAGAGAACACCAUGAACGAGCUGCUCGGCUGGUACGGCUACGACAAGGUGGAGCUCAGAGACUCGGACAACCUGGAGAUAGGGGAGACGCCCCAACACAUCUCUGUUCUCAAAGAAAACUUGUUGCCAAAAAUCCCAGCUUCGACAGAGAGCAGUGAAGACUCUCCAGAUCGAGCCAACAGCUCCCAGUCUUUGCCAGCCUCCAGGAACGGAGUCACCGAGCCGUCCACCACGCCGUCCACUUCCACGCCCGGCGCCAUGGAGCAUGGCAACCUGCCCAUCAUGGUCCCCAUGAUCCCUCCACCGCUGAUCAAACCCCCUGCAGAUGAGGACGCGUCCAACGUGCAGAUCAUGUGUGCCUGGUGCCAGAAGAUCGGCGUCAAGCGCUAUUCUCUGAGCAUGGGGAGUGAGCUGAAGAGUUUCUGCAGUGAGAAGUGCUUCGCCGCCUGUCGCAGGGCGUAUUUUAAAAGAAACAAGCUGGGAUAUGUAAGGAAUUACGCUGCGAGAGACGACGAUGGCCUCGGUGGGAAAUUACCCCAGAACAGCUUUACUCAGGACACGCCCAGGCUUGUCUUCAAGACAAACAGCGAUGUGCUUGUUUGUGACUGGUGCAAACAUAUUCGCCAUACUAAGGAGUACCUGGACUUUGGUGCUGGUGAGCGGAGGCUGCAGUUCUGCAGUGCCAAAUGCCUGAACCAAUAUAAGAUGGACAUUUUCUACAAGGAGACCCAGGCUGCACUGCCUGGAGCACUGUGUAACCCAGGACAUGGGCCUGGUGGGGAGUGUAAAUCGGACUGUAGUGGAGGGGUACAACUGCUCACUCCGGAAUCCUGGGGAACGCCAUUGGCGGACAUGCGUCGCAAAGCUCCCUCACCUGGGGGUCCAUCCACCACUUCUUCUAUGGUCAUAUCCACUUCUUCUGCCACCUCACCCUCAGACACUGCUGCCAUCUGCUCCCCGUCCUCCUCUUCUUCGGCCAAGAUCCCGACACCCAGACCCCAUGAGAGCCCCACAAUUCCUCCUCCGCAUGUUCCUAAUUUGCACCCACCUGUUGGAGUUCCCUCUGGUAGCCCUCCAAUGGUAAUGACACCUCGAGGACCCAUGCCUCUGCCUCUCUUUAUGGAGCAUCAAAUGAUGCAGCAAAUCCGUCCACCAUUUCUUCGCCCCCCUGCCCAUCCUGCAGGGCACCAUAGUCCACUUUCAAACCCUAUGAUCCCUGGUAUUGGCCACCCACCACCUCCAAGGACCCUUGGUCAAACAUCAAGCCCCAUGCACAGGCCCCUGCUGUCUCCACAUGUCCACCCCUCAUCCAAUCCCAACCCUGGGAUGAUGCCACCUUACCCUGGUCUCUCGAUGCAUGGCCUGCCCCCUUUCCCACCAGUCAACAUGAUUCCCAAUGGACAUAUGCCCCUGCCCCAUAUGAUGAACUUUGGCAUGCCGUCUUUGGCACCAUUAGUCCCCCCACCAACUCUAUUGGUCCCUUACCCUGUCAUUGUACCCCUCCCUGUUCCUAUUCCUAUUCCAAUCCCAAUUCCUUUUAACCCCACAACUUCUAGGGACCAGUCAGAGAGCAGUUUCUCUUUUCGUGGUGCUCCAGAGUCAUCAGAAGCUUCAGUUUCUGGGCCACACUCUCCAGGUUCUUGUGGAGGUGACCGAGGGGAGCAGAAAGUAGAGCCAUCAGGUGCUGAGCAUCUCUCUCCGGUACAUUCAGAGAGAAGUAGGACAGCAUUGAUAGACUUAAAGGCAGAGGAAACUUUGAGCAACCUGUGUCUAACCAGCAGCCACACACCUAUGGAUGGUGUGAUUGAUCUAACUCUGGGCCAGAGGUCAUGCCAGCAGCAGGUUAUUCAGAGGAUGCCACCUGGGGUCCAGGUCAAAGUAGAGGAAGACGCGGAAUCAAGGACUCCACCAGCUGCAGGGCUGGGGUGGGAAGGGAAGGACAAGCUUAAUGGGGGAGGAUUAAUCCUCCCUCAAGGCCUCCUCAGUCCUCCACUGCUGGAAGGGGCCACAAAACCAAACACACUGGUAUCAUUGGGCCCACUCCCCAGCAGCAACAACACUUCUUGCACCGGUGAUCCACCCAUGAGCCUGCUUGAUCCAUCUAUCUCCAACCUUAUCCCACAAAACUUUCCCAGCACAGCACGGACCCAGUCCCAACUCCAAACUAGCCCUGGCACUCCAUGUAAUGUCAUAGUCAAUGGUACAGGAUGGCAUUCACUUCUUACUCCUAACCAAAAAGGAGAUGCGGUUUUGGCAGAAGGAGAGCUAGGUGAGCAGCCAAACAAUGGAGAUCUGGAGCAUGAGGCACUGAAAGAGAACAAUUGCUCAGUCGGAGACUGGGAACCAGGGAAGCGAGGCUCAGCGCAAGACGAGGCAGCAAACUCAGUGGGGGGUAAGCCAGACCCUGAUUCCAACCUGGAGGAGGGCGAACAUGCCUAUGCCCUGCCACUGCUAUCUGCUGGAGGCUGUGUGGUCAUCCAACCUGUGCCAAAGCCCGGCGCUGACAAAACGGCCAUUCUGUCCUGCUCUAUCAGUGCCCCUCUAUCAGCAGCCGGGAGCCCUGAGUUGGAACCACCACUGAAGAGGAGGUGUCUGCGGAUACGCAAUCAAAACAAAUGAGAUGGAUGCUCUAAAGGAUGCAGUGCCAUCAAUGACACUCACAUCGUCCAGCCCCACCCCCAAAUCCCACCCCUCCACACUACACAACUGCACAUGCACAUGUGCACACGCACUAACCCACAUAUGCACACUCACGUGUACACUUUGUUCUCGUCCUCGCCCAUCGUUCAGUCUACCAGCACCACAAAUCGCCUUCAACGACCGAUGAGAGUCUAACCAAACAUGUUGAUAUGUAUUGUAGUAGAGCAAACGGGACUCUUUUUGUCUUUGUGAUGGAUACUGAACUUCUACAGACCUGAUGUCACGGCCAGCAGGACCAUUUCACCUAUCAGCUGCAGACUGCAAAUCCUUUCCCCCGCAGCUUGUCUCUCAGCCAAUCCUUACAGUAUAUAAACCCUCCCUGGCAAAGUAA